AUGCAAUACGGAAUAUUAUUUAUGUUUUUGUCAACAGUGACAAGUUUCAGCUAUUUGCCUGAAGUUGAGAUCGACCUAAGUGCUACCCCAAAAUAAAGAUGGAAAUAAGCAGUCAGAACCAUCCUUGACUUGCAUGGAUAUGAAAAUUCUUUUGGUCCAGUCUUUGAAUUUCACAAUAAAACCACAUUCUAUAUCUUGAAUACAGACGACUAUUCAACAAUAGCAAACGCAAUUAGAACCCAUUAUCCUGAAUAUUCAUCGGAAUUAGAUGGUAUUGUGGAAGAGCUCAAUAGAAGUGAAAUAACAUUUGAAUAUUUAUCUGCAUGGGCAUAUUUUCACGAAAUCAGUCAUAUCUCAGGUGAAAUGAUUGAAAGCACAGGUGUUCUACUCUCAGUUGGCGAUUAAAUUAUACAUGGAAGAAAUAUGGAAUAAGCCCCUGCAUAAGCUAGAAAUAUGGUCUUACAUCUAAUCAUAAAAAAGGAUGAUAAAUAUCUAGGUGAGUCAGUUGACUGGUAAUGGUUCAAAGUAGGGUUCUCUACCUUACUUAAAUACAAUGUUGCAUCCCUUGAUUAAAAUUGGAAAUUUAGUGAUCCCAUCAGUAAAGAUCAGCUCCUUACUUUCAUUUAAUUAGGAGUACCCUCUUUAGCUUGGGAAUAUAGGCAUGUGUUAGUUAAUGAUAAUUUGAAUACUUUUCAUAGAGUUGUCUUAUACUUAGAACAAAAUCAAGUAGCUUGUGCUAUUUAUAAUGUUAUUGGAGGAACCAGCAGAAAUUAGGGAGUAAUCAUCUCCAAAGAUCCAUUUGAUAUGAAUCCAACCAUAAGUUUGAAUACUUCAAUUCUCGGUUAAUCCAAUUAUUAGUACUUGGUGUAAACCAAUUAUGAUCAUUGGUUACCUGACCCUUAAAACGAUUAAAGAAGAACCAUUGCAGAGAACUUGUUAGGCUAAUUACAAACUAAUCUAAGGAAUGAAUUCGGAGUUUUUACUGUAAUGGACACAUAUCCCAUUCAUAAUGAAGGCACUUUCUAUACUAUUAUAAUGAAUACUAAAUAUAAUAGGUUGAUAGCAUUUGGAUAGCCUAGUAUUACCUAAACUGAUAAUUGA